AUGGGCGCGCACGAGCGUCAAGUCAUUGAUGGCAUCCGCCGGGAGUAUGGCACCGAAAAGGAUGGCCAAUUGGUCCUCAGCCGAGCUGGAGAAAUGUUGAGUAACACACUGGACAUAGUUGCGUUCCAAAUCAAUUCAGGCCUCGCGCACUUCCUUCACGAGUUCAUCCAGAAUGCAGACGACAGUCUUUACAGCCCAGGUCUCAGCCCUAGCAUUGAAUUCCAACUCAUUGGUCAACAUCUACUGGUCACGAAAAACGAAACAGGCUUCACCAAGACGAAUGUUGACAGAAUCUGCUCGGCUGGCAAGAGCGACAAGACUGAUAACGAGAAUGCCACUGGCGAGAAAGGCAUCGGUUUCAAGUCUGUCUUCAAAGCUGCGACGAAAGUCGUCAUCGACUCGAACGGUUAUUACUUCAGCUUCGACAAGCGCCGAGAGCUGGGUAUACUGAUACCUGAGCAUGGUGGCUGGCCACAUAAUCUGGACCACCUACGCAACAAGAGAGCCACUCAGUUCCUAGUCGAGCUCGAGAACGACGCCGUUGUCCAGAAAAUGAGACACGAUCUGCAGGCUGUUCUGAACCCGGACAUUCUCCUCUUUCUGCGACAACUCCAGAUCAUCACUGUCGAUAUUGAUGGCACGAAGCGUAGCAUGAGUCGCACACUGACUGAUGCUGGCAAACUCCGACGGCUUUCCAUUCACUCACAGACUACCGGAAAGACGACGUCUAGCGACUACUUCUACUUCUCGAAAAAGGUCGACGUGAGCCCAAUCAAGGAUAUACGCCUUUCCAAGCUCGCCAAAUCUACCGCAGAAGUCUGUCUCGCUCUACCACAGUCGGCCUUCAAAUCGAGACCACAAUCGAAGCGGUAUCAUGCGUAUUCUCGUCUUCCAAUCCGGGAAUCAGGUCUGCCUUUUCCUUGUCAGGCUGACUUUCGGCUCGUCGCCAGCAGGGAAGACUUGGAGACGGAUGGAGUUAUGGGCAAGCGCAACAAAGAGUUGCGAGCAGGUGUGGCUGAUCUCUUUCUGGAUGCCAUCACACAGAUUGUGGAUGUUCCCAGCCUGAGGUAUACCUGGUUGAAUCUACUACCUCUAGCGAACGUGGGUAAGAGCUUCUCUCAGAUCGCUGGCGCCAUCAAAUCUAGCCUACCACAGCGACUGAUCUUCUUUGGACAAAAUGAGCACCAGAAGCUGCCCUCCAAUAAGGUCGUCUUUGUGCCGAACAACAUGCGGUUCGAGGGGGCGCCCAUCCUGCCCAACAUUGUUCACGAACAUCACGACUUGAGUCUCAGCUAUGACAUGACCCACGAGCUUCGUCAUUGGCUGGUCAUCAAUGUCGUCAGUGAGAAGACCUUCCUGGAUCGGUUGCAGCACGCCGUCACGCGAGAGAACGGCGCUUGGUUUCGGAACAAGAGCAUGGAAUGGCACGAGUCCCUCGCAGGCAUACUGCUGAGCUAUAUGCGCAACAACGCAACCAAGACCCUGCUCAAGAGUCUGACAUUGAUUCCGCUUGCAGACGGAAACUGGGCUUGUGCAGCACCGCAUAUAUUCUUUCCUCCCACGGGGAAACUCGACGCCGCUUCGGAAAUGUUGCUCAAAUCAUUCGGAAACAUCGUAUUCGUGUCUCAAGUGGCACAACAUGGCAAUCGGGGGGGCCUCAUCAGUAAUCUAGAUAUUGAAAUCGUCAGCGACGCAACAAUCUAUGCUGAAAUCGAACGUCUUCAUAAGAGUGAUCAGCCUCCGACAACAGAUGGAGGAAUACUGCUAGAGCAUGCAAUAUAUCUCUGGAAGCAUCGUUACCUCAAGCACUCGUUUGGAGAACUGUCUCUCUGGGUGGUCACCUCAGGUCUACAAGUUGUCCGAUCGUCAAGUAUCUACAUCGACGACGAGAAGCAGACCUUCCGCUGCCUGGGUAUUGCAGAGGAUAGGAUUCUGCAUCCAAACUAUCGCAAGUUGGGGCCGCAGCAGGAUCCUGAAAGCUGGCUUACAUGGCUGAAUGUCACUGCUGGAUUGUCGAAUGUUCUUCAAGUUGUCGUCGACGGUAUGAUCUCAAAAGAUUUCCAAGAAGUUUCGAAACAUUUGACCUCAACUGAAUGGCUACCAAUCUUGCUUGACAGCUGGGACCAGGUCGAGAACGGUCGAGAGUAUGUCUCGCGUGGUCGAAGAUACCGAAAGCCUGCUGCCAAUGUCUUGCGCAGCACUGCGGACGACUACAACAUCAGAGACAUCCAAGUUCAGACUCGGUCUGGCGCAACAGCCCGACUGUGCGAGACAUACCUACCAACACCCGAGCUUGUCAAGAUCGACGAUGCUAAGAUCAAAUACUUGGAAGUCAAGGAUAUUGCAAAGCAACAUGCACAGCGUCUCGACGUUGCCCUAAAGGUGUUGCGUGGCAUGAAACGCAGAGGAAAGCCUGACCUAGGUGCUCUGAGAACUCUGUACGAGGACAUUCAGGGCCACAUGAAGGACCCUCAGGUCUCUAAGCAAGAUGUCACCGAAGCUCACUCUGUGUUCAAGAACGAGGCUCAUAUCUGGGAGCCUGCGAGUGGUUCUUGGAAAGGCGGUGCAGAUUUCGUAUGGUCGACGGACUUCAAGCUCGAUUUCAAGAUCAGCCUGGCCAAGUUAUACCCGAGCUGCCAUACCUUGUUUGUGCAGAUGCUACAAACAGGCGACGCCGACCUUGGCACAGUAUUGACUGACAUUGCCGCUCGUCCAGUCCCAAAGGAUGAAUCAGAUGCGCUGAGAAUGAUUCAGCUUCUCACGAAGAUGUCGGAAUGGGUCGGCACGCAGGGCCGGGAGUCAACGUUGGCGAAACUUCGUGCAUUGGCAAAAAGCAAGUCACCGGACCUGAAGGUGCCAUUGGUACCUGUCAAGCUAGGCAACGACCCAACACGAUUCAUAGGCCUCGGCCAUACAGCAAGUCUCCUGGUCUGCGAUCGCAAAGCCUGGGAAGGUGCGUUUCCAGAUUUGGAUGUCGUGGCGUGCAGUGCUUUGCAGAGCUUGCCAAUUGCGCCGCUGUUCGAAAAGGUGUCGGAAGCUUUUGGGAUAUCCGACCACAUGAUGUCUAAUCGAGUGCUGGAAGAGUUCAACGUCGGCCAUGGCGCUUCUGCCGACGACGCCAUGACCAGCGAUCUCCGACAAAAGAUGGUCUUCGUCAAGCGCGUGAUUGAGUCCAACAUCGCCGGCCUGACAACAGAGCAGAAGGCGAAGCUAGCUGUGAUCGAGAUGAUUCAAGUGUUCUGCGCACCAAACAUGACAGUCACGCCAUAUCUCACCGAUACAGCUUCAGGAAAACGCCGCAACGGGACUCCUCGCCAUGGAGGUCAGUUCCUGCCUCCGGGCAUUCAUAAGAAGGGUCGCAUGGAAAUCUACGCUGACCAGUCCCGCCUCUCCAGAGGCGCUCCUUUCACCAACCAGUUGCACAAAGAUCUCAUUCAAUGGCUGUCGAUCACGCACGACCAGACUGUUGAUCAGAUUCGAGACAUACUUGCCUCCGACGGUUACGGUCAAAUUGUUGAAGACUUGACUCUAGCUGGUUUUCAAGUUCAGGAUCUCAUCGUGGCGAAGAACCCCGAUCCGUGCACGCUUGAAGCUGCGGAAACCUCAUCGGUCAUUUCAACGAACGGAACGACUGCUCUGCCUGUUCGCAGUGCUGUCAUCGUGAACGGCAGUAGCCAGCAUCAGCUCGGUUUGAGUGCCAGCGAUCUCGAGGCCGGUGCUGUUCGAAUCCAGAGUGGCUCGAUGGGCGGUACUUAUGCCAGCGAAACCGCAACAACAACCAUGAAUGGAGUGACGCGAGACAUCGAGAUUCAGACCGGCAUUGACGGCGAGAAGCUGAUCGCUGUUCGGCUUCUGCGCAUGUACAAGAUCUGUCCAGAUAUUUCGAUGGAGAACUUCGCCCUCAGCGAUGCCGGAGUUGAGUUUCUUCAGCGCGUGUGGACCAGUGAGCUGCGACAUCUCGUUAGUCCCCUUCUGACGGAAUGGACGCCUCAAGGCAAGAAGGUCCAUGCCGACUUCACACUCAAAGGCAACAACAGUAACUUGCGUCGAUUCCUCAAUGAUAAGGUCCCUGGCAACCACAACGAGUGGACAGACACCACGACAUUUCACAUCGAGGUCAAGGCUACUGGAGGAGCUGCGACCAAUGAAUUCCACCUGAGUGGCCUCCAGGUCGAACUGGCGCGAGAUAUUUCCAACAAGACUGCAGGUCAAGAGGCAUACUUGAUAUUUCAUGUUUCCAGAAUGCGGGCUUCGGCGAACGGCGAGAAGGCGAAGCUCAACGUCAUGGCUGAUCCAUGGAAGCAAUUCGUCAAUGACCAGGUCGAUAUUCGUACUCCGGAGGGUUGGCUGGAACGAAUGGCGUCCAUCCCCAUAGGCAACACCACCCUCCUCCUCUUCACCCUCGGCCGCACAGGUGAUGAUAUUCACAUCGACGAGCCCAAAGCGCGCGGCAUUGUCCCGCAUCACGGGCCCACAGCCGGGUUCCAGCAGCUACUACGUCAGCGCAGUAAUGGAGACGCAAAGCCAACCGAACUGUUGAAGCAGCACUUUUGCUUUGCGGUCGAGACUGUGGAGCAAGUACGUGCUUGGGAGAGCCGCUUGGGAGAGUUCACCAGCAAUGCUGAGGGAAUGGAAGAGCACGGGGAUGACGAGGACGAGCGCGUGAAGGUGAAGUCUUGGCGACGAUGGAUUGGGAGAGGGGUGGAAGGAGUGUGUACUUUGAGGAUCUGGAUGGGCAUGUGGGUGAGAUUGCGGCAAGGGGAAUCUGGCCGCAUUGGUGAUGGAGGAUGUGAUGCCGUAUGA